AGGAAGGCGCUACCAAAUCACAAAUAGAACAAAUAGAAAGUCAUCAAUCCAUCUUCAGCUUCUUCUAAAUUAUAACAAUAACAAUAACAUCAUCGUCAAUUAUCUCAAGUUCUUUUCAAGACCUUUUCAAAUAGCCUUUCAACUAGUUAUCAUAUCUUUUCAGGCAAUACUUUUUGUUAAAUACCCUCACACAAAUCAUUCAAAAUGGAAGACUGGGAGUCUGUAACAAAGAUUGGAAAGAAUGUCCGUGGAGGAGCCGGCGCAAACAGAGAGACUGUCAUUAGAGGUGCAGCUGCAUUGAACGCCGCCAAGCGAAGUGGAGGAGCUAUUACCACUGAGAAGAAAUUUGCUUCCGGCAAUGCUGUAAGUCAAGUCCAUCUGCGUAUUAAUGUUUACCCCUCUACUAUGCGACCCCCCAUUGACCUUUCCUCCGACGACAAUGGACCGUGAGCUAACCUACUUUACCAAUAGGGCCCCUCAGGAGAAGGUCAACAUCUCACAAAAGUCGACCGCUCUGAUGAGAUCAUUAAGCCGAAGACUGUCGGUCCGGAAGUCGCCCGCGCCAUUCAAGAUGGUCGCAAGGCCAAGAACAUCAAAACCCAAGCUGAUCUUGCCAAACUUUGCAACACCACCCCCAAAAUUGUCAAUGACAUGGAAAGAGGUAUCGCAACGCCGGACCAGAAGGUCCUGAACAAUAUGGAACGAGUUUUGGGCAUCAAGUUACGCGGAAACGAUAUUGGAGGCUCGAAAUUCGGAGGUCCAAAGAAGAGUGCUACGCCUGCUCCUGCACCAAAGGCAGCGCCUGCUAAGACGACGAUUAAGAUUGUUCCUCCUACGUCUGGACCACCCGGGACACCUAAGACUGGAACUCCAGGUGGGGCGGAUGAAUAGUAGAUGCAACCGAUGUGAUGUUCAGGAAGGGAGUUAUAUGAGAUGAAUUGGUGGAUGGUGGAUGCUUUAAGCAAUGGAGUUUAUGAAUAGACGAGAUGCAUGAAGGAAUAAAUGAAAGCAUUAGAUCUAAAAAAGAAAUAAGUAUCGUUGCAUUGUAUCUUAAUAUUAUUGUGUCAGGCGAAUGGUAUUUUACACAAUAGAGAACCCAUCUCCCUUUUUCAACAUGUU